GUCAAACCCAAUCUAAACAGGUGCUGUUGAAGAAGAGUGAAAAAUGAAAUUAUAAAUUUUCAAAUAAAAUAUAAUUGAAAUUGUUUUGAAUGCAUAAAAGUAUACGAUCACCAUGUCGGACAACAGGAUUGAAUUAGGAAAUUUGGAUAUGUUACGCGCUUUAUAUGAUUUUAAUGCCUCAUUUGCCAAAACAUUAAGUUUUCGUGAAAAUGAUCAUUUUAUAUUACAUCAAACAUCAACCAAGCAACGAAAUUGGUGGCAAGUGGUAAAUGAGAGUGGCCAGAUGGGUUUCGUACCCUCAAAUUAUGUAACAACAAUUAAAGUAACACCACAAUUUCUAAUUCAAUUCAUUGAUAAUUGUAUUGAUUCAUUACAUAAAACUAGUGGUAAAACUGGCUUGUCUGCUGAUAAACAAGAAUUAAUAUUGCGGUUAAGUGAUAAAAAACGACAAGCCGAAUUAUCAAACCAUAAAAAAGGUGUUGCUCCAAAGCCUCCGGAUCAUUUUAACGAUACAUCAGUUUCAGAGGUGGCUAAGCCUCUUCAUAAAAAAGUAGAUCAUGAAUCAUCCAAUUCACGAAGAAGCCCCGGGUAUUCACCAUCCGCAGCAGCCGGAGAUGGUAUUAAUAAUAUACCUGGAGUUAAUAUGCAUAAAAAUGAAUUGUACGAAGAACCUAUUAAGCAACAUCAUAAAAAAGAUCGCAAGCAUACUGGACGGGGGAGUACUUCUCCUUCAGAAACUAAAGUGUUGUCAGAUACAAGUAUUAGUCCAAAUUCUCAAAAAAAUCGUUGCAUUACAAGUCCAAGACAAGAAAAUUUAAGAAAAUUAUCAUUAUUUGAUGUCGAGCAAAAACCUGUUUAUGAAUUAGUGGAAACAGUCAGGAGAAACACUCAAUUAAGUCAUGAAUUGUCCCGUGUUGCUGUGGUAACCGUAAUUGAAGGUUUACAAGAAAUUCUACCUUCAAAUUUUGAGCGUUAUUUUAAAACAAUUUUAACGCAUUUAGAAGGUAGCUUAAAUGCAUCAGAGCCGUUGUUAAAUCAAACGCAUGAUGCUACUCGUUUAAAAGUAAUAUUUAAUGAAUUAACAUCGUGUAAAGAAGAUUCUCAGCAACGUAGUUGGAUGUUACAUGAAGAUGAAAUGGUCAUUAUGGACUACAUUCAUGAACUAAUAUCAAUUUUGAGUAAUGCAGAUGCAAAUAUUUCAAGACAUGUAAUGUCUCAAGAUCAAUACAGUGGAGUUACAAAUUUAAUUCAGUAUUAUCAAAUGGAAGUACGUUGGUCGAUUCGACAAUUACUGUUACAAGCGUUUGGUGUAAUGUGUAGUUUAGAUCGAAUUGUAGUCAAUAUUAUGCUAAAUUCUGUUUUACCCGUAGAAUUAGCCAGGGAUAUGAAAACAAACUCACGAAAUAUGCAACGGCUUAAUUAUUCAUCUCUAUUGUUAACAAUGAUUUGUUCGAUGGGUGAAAAAAUGCCAAUAACACAUUUAGAACAUUUCGAUUUCGAUUUUAUGAUGUUCUUAUACACAAUGAUUGAAAAUCCACCAGAUGUUGACGUUGAAGAUCAAAUACCAGAUUUAUUUUUAAAUCUUAUUUUAUCUUUUAAUUUACAAUUUCAAGACGGUGAUGAAAAUAUUGUUGUAUCAACUGCUUCGAAAGUAGAAGAUGCAAAAACAUUUACGGAAAAAUUACUUUUACUUUUAAAUCGUGAAGAGGAUCCAGUGCGAAUUUUUGACCAUGAACCAGCUCCUCCAAAUUCUGUAAUUAAAUUAUUUAUCGAUUUAUUUAGUAAUGUGUUUACCGCAGAAUUAUUUUAUACAAAUGAUGUCAAGGUGUUAAUUGAUAUAAUAGUUAGGCAACUCUCGGAUAUUUCACCUGGGGAUUCACGUCGAGCACAAUAUUUGGAAUUAUGUAGACGUGUACUACGUAACACAAAUUAUUCUGAUCAUUAUCAUCGACGUGAUGAUAUUUUAAAAUGUUUUACUCGAAUAUUUUGCGAAGAAACAGAAGUUAGCCAAGAGGACCAAAAAUUAGUUAGAAAAAUUUCAAAUGAAUUUCCUGAAUAUUUUAAAAAAUAAUUUUGAUUUGCCAUUUAGUUUUAACAAAUAUUUCGUUGUUUGUUUUUAAAACAGAACAGAACUAAAAACAUGGCUAUUUAAAGUGCUCUGUGAUUAGCAAUGCAAAUGUGUGAAAGGAUUUUCGGGACUCGUACUCACACAGCACCUGGAAUAUUACAUAUAUUGAUAGAAUUUAAAGUAAAUACUCUAGUUACCAAUACUAAUUUGCUUGGACUAUAACUUCUAUGAUUUAAUUAACGGUGUGUUUACUGAACAAUAUCUAUCUUUUAAUAUUUAUUUAAAACUUAUCGAUUUUUUAUAAUUGCAGUUCGCAGAUAAUAUAGGUUUCGUACAGUACGAAACUACGAAUACUCAUACAACGCUACGCCGUACAGUAAAUUACUUUUAGUGAUUCAGUAAUUCGUUUAUCUAAAAUACUUAUUUCAAUGAUCGAUAUUAUUUAGGUAGUAUUUUAGUAAUGAGUAGAAUUUUUUUCCUACAAAACUAAAGCUUUUGUAAUUUAUGUAAAGCUUA